CUCUCCUCCUCUCAGAACAUUACACAACUCUGUGCGGGAGUCUUGCCGUGGCUGCUCUUCUUGUUCGUUACAAAAGGGUUUUGUAACCAGAGGGUUCACUGCCAGUGGGGACCUUAUGGUAGCUGGUCAGAGUGUGACGGCUGCACCAAGCUACAGACAAGAAGCCGAGCCAUGAGCGUCUAUGCUCAGUUUGGUGGGAAUCCCUGCUAUGGAGAGCGGACCGAGACCAGGUCCUGUGAAACCACACAGGGUUGUCCAUUAGAGGACGGGUGUGGAGACAGGUUUCGCUGUCGAUCAGGGAAGUGUGUUAGCCAGUCUCUGGUGUGUAACGGAGACCAGGACUGUGAGGAAGAUGGGCAUGACGAACGAGUCUGUGGCGUUAGAAAUUUUGUUUUAUGUUCACAUUCAGUUCUCCCGCCCAACAUUGAACUCCUUGGCCUUGGGUUCGAUGUGGUGACGGGGAAGAGAAGAGCCAGUGUCAUCAAUACAAAGAGCUUCGGGGGUCAGUGUCGUCCCAUCUACAGCGCCAAUCACAGAGCUUUCUAUCGACUUCCCAUCAGUUUGAUCCGGUACAACGUUUUGGUUAAAGUCCAGAAUGACUUCAGUGACGAGAUGUUCACCAGUACGUGGCACUAUGCCAAGGACAUCGUCAACAGACAGACGGUGACUGGGACCACGUCAGGAUAUCACAACUAUGACUUUCAUGAGUCACAUGACAAGAAUCAGAGCCACAAGCUUUUGGUUUUAAAGAACGACAUAGAGUUAGUGCAGUUCCAGAGUAACUCUCCUCAGUACCUCCCAAUAUCUGAGGAGCUGUGGAAGGCACUGGCCAAGCUCCCAUCUGUCUACGACUACGCUGCCUACAGGAAGGUUUUGCAAAAGUUUGGAACGCACUACCUGUCUGAGGGAAGCCUUGGAGGGUCCUUUAAAGCCAUUAUAUCAGUUGAUGAAGAAGCAGAGAGAUAUAUGGUCUCUGAACGCUCACAGCAUAAUGAGUGUACCAGGACCGUACACCGGAUUCUUUUUUUUAUAAAGUUUACAACGGAGCACUGCGACAGUGGUCAAAGUCAACGCUCAUCAUCCUCAGGAAGCAGUGGGCGCAAAGCACUGAAUAAAGUGGAUGUUGAAGGAGGCGGCAUCUCACAUAUCGCAGCGCUGAAAGCCAUACAGCUCGACAACCCAGAAAAGAACUGGCGGAUGUAUUCAAACUGGGCCGAGUCUAUUGGAUCAUAUCCACAGGUCACAAAGCAGAAGCUGCGGCCGCUGUCCGAGCUGGUGAAGGAGGUCCAGUGCGCCGGGCUGAAGAGGAUCUACCUUCGCAGGGCCAUAGAGCAGUACCUCGCCGAGAGCGAUACGUGUCACUGCCAGCCCUGCAGAAACAACGGCCUGGCUGUCAUGGAUGGAGAUACAUGCAAAUGCAUCUGCAAGCCUCUCACGUCGGGGCUGGCCUGUGAGCAGGGAACUGAAGCGGAAGGUCAACCGGGGGUGAUCCACGGCAGCUGGGCCUGCUGGUCAGCCUGGUCAUCGUGCUCCGGAGGUCGGAGGUCACGAAGUCGGUCCUGUUCCAAUCCCUCCCCUCAGAAUGGCGGACAGUCCUGCGUCGGAGAAUCCGCCGAGACGUCGGAGUGUGAAGAUCAAGAGCUGCAAUACUUAAAAACCAUGGAGCCUCAGUGUUUUGAUCACACUCUCUCGGCAAGUCAGAGGUGUGGAACCCCUCCGGCUCUGAUCAAUGGCUACAUCCUGGACCCUAAAGACGUCUACCUCGUGGGUAGCACAGCUCAGUACACCUGCACUGACGGUUUAAACCUUGUCGGGGCGAGCAUCCUGACAUGCACUGCGGAUCAAACCUGGUCUGGUGGCCCUGGGCGUUGCACAACUUCGGCUUGCAGCCUCGAUUCCCUCCCGUCUGAUGUCAUAGCCACGCCUUCGAAAAAGGUCAUUGGCAUCGGGGAUUCGGUUACCUUGUCCUGUCCAGAAGGCAGUCAGCUAGUGGGAGAAGCAACAAUUAUUUGUAACCCCAGUCUGCUUUUUUCACCAAACCCAGCAGACAUCAGGUGCAGUCAAGUGACAACACCAGCACCUCAGCGCGUUGCUCCCUUAGUGCAAUGCAAACUCUGGGAGAAGUCUGUCAAAGGAAAAUGUGUUUGCAAAAUGCCUUUUGAGUGCAGGUAUGUUUCCUCUGCUGAUCAGUGAUUCAGUCAUAUGAGCUCUUGCA